GGUCCACUGUAGAGUUGUUAUUUUAAACCUUUGUUAUAUAUUGUUUUCAUCUAUAGACUCGGAUACUGUAAUAAGUUAUUAUAUGCGUUGUUGGUCUAUGCAUCCUCAUGCAUUCCUGCCUAUCCAUCACGAGUGAAGAACAAAAGUUAAUUCUUAGUUUUGGGAAUUCCCGACAGUGUUUUGGCCUUUCUGUAGAACAUUGUAAAAAUUAUAGACUACAGUAGACUACACACAUUCACGUCAUCGGCAGUAAAGAAUGGGGCGCGUUAAUUAAAAAGACUGCUUUAUUUUCUUGGCACAAUCCCCGCCCAUACACGCCGUCGUCACCGAUUCAAAUUGCCAGUGAGGCUGAGGCAAGGCAAGGGGGGUUCGGCCGGUAAAGUAGGCUAACACCGUCGCAUCGCUAGAAGAACGGAUUUUCGGACAGGCUUUGUUUGUGUAUGAGCUCCAUCACCUCCUCCAGAAAUGUGGACGGAUAUAAGGAAACUACUGAUCUUUCAUUUGUUUGUCCUAAAACACUGCUCAAAAGGAGCAGUGGCAGAAGAGUGUGAGGAAGGCCAGUUUCAGUGCAAUAACAGAAGGUGUAUACCGACCAUCUGGAGGUGCGAUGACGAUGACGACUGCUCAGACAACAGCGACGAGGAAAACUGUGCCAGGAAGACGUGUGCCCCAGCAGAGUUUGCCUGUGCUAACGGCCAGUGUGUACCAGGCCGCUGGCGCUGUGACGGGGAGCCAGAGUGUCCCGACGGCUCGGAUGAGGCAGACGCCACCUGCAGCAAGCAGACGUGUCCUCUGGAGAAGUUUGACUGCGGCGGCUCCACCAACAAGUGUGUCUCGUUGUCGUGGCGAUGCGAUGGCGAGCGGGACUGCGAGAACGGGGCGGACGAGGAGGACUGCGCCGCCGGAAACAAAGCCUGCCCGAAAAGCCAGUUCCAGUGUGCCAACCGCAAGUGCCUGGCACCUGUCUUCGUGUGUGACGGCGAUGACGACUGCGGCGACGACUCCGACGAACUCAAAUGCUCCGAACGCCACUCGCCGACGAACACCUGCAGCCCGCACGAGUUCCGCUGCAACACCUCGGAGUGCGUGCCCGUCAUGUGGAGCUGUGACGGCGACCCCGACUGCCCCGACGGCUCUGACGAGUGGCCGGAGCGUUGCGGCGGCGAAGGUUCACAUCCACGCCGCAGGGUGAACUGUACGAUGGAGGAGUUUCGGUGCGCCAACGGGGAGUGUGUGAGGCUGCCGUGGAAAUGUGACGGCGAUCCAGACUGCAAGGAUAAGUCAGACGAGGCAGAAUGUCCCCUACUGACGUGCAGGCCAGAUGAGUUCCAGUGUGGGGAUGGCUCCUGUAUCCACGGCACCAAGCAGUGUAACAAGGUCCAUGACUGUCCUGACCAGAGUGAUGAGGCCGGCUGUGUCAAUGCCACUAAGUGUGAGGGUCCCUUGAAGUUCCUGUGUAAGAACGGAGAGUGUAUCGACAGCGCCAAGGUGUGUGACAAUGUCAAGGACUGCAAGGACCGCUCUGAUGAGCCCAAGAAGGAGUGUGGGCUCAACGAGUGCUCACUCAACAACGGCGGCUGUUCUCACAUCUGCCAGGAUCGACCAAUAGGCUACGAGUGCCAGUGUCCCACCGGGUACAAACUACUGGACAAGAGGACGUGUGGAGACAUUGAUGAAUGUGAGAACCCCAACGCCUGCAGCCAGAUCUGCAUCAACUACAAGGGAGACUUCAAGUGUGAAUGUUACCAAGGCUAUGAGAUGGACCCCGUCACCAAGACCUGUAAAGCAGAAGGGAAGUCUCCUUACCUGCUGUUCACCAACCGUCAGGAGAUCCGUCGGGUAGACCCGGUGAAGAGGGACUACCGCCAGGUGCUUGCCACCCAGAAGAAUGCUGUGGCGCUGGACGUAGACGUGGCUAAUAACCGUCUGUUCUGGUGCGACCGCUUCCACCGUAACAUCUACAGUGCUCUGAUCCCAGAGGCGGGCGACCCGUCCCAGCAGGUGACCCUGGUGGACUCUAGCUCUCUCCUCUCCCCUGAGGGCCUGGCCCUGGACUGGGUCCAACACAACCUCUACUGGACCGACUCGGGCCACAAGACCGUCUCGGUGGCCUCGGCCUACGACGGCCUCAAGAGGAGGGUCCUGGUCGACACGGAGCUCAGCGAGCCCAGAGCCAUAGCGCUGGAUCCACAGCAUGGGUUCAUGUACUGGACUGACUGGGGCACCCGGGCCAAGAUAGAGAAGGCAGGGAUGAACGGGGUGGACCGACAAGUCCUGGUGUCAGACAACAUUGAGUGGCCAAAUGGCAUCACCCUGGACGUAGCCAACAGGCGUCUUUACUGGGUCGACUCCAAGCUGCACCUGAUCUCCAGUGUGGACUUGAACGGGGCUCAUCGCAGGACACACCUGUCCUCCUCAGAGAGACUGGGACACCCCUACGCACUGGCUGUGUUCGAGGACCGUAUCUACUGGACAGACCGGGAGAGAGAGGCAGUGUACAGCGCUAACAGGCUAACGGGCCAGGACAUCAGCACAGUGGCCGAGCACCUCAAAGACCCUCACGACAUAGUGGUCUUCCACCCGCUCCGCCAGCAACCAGGCCCAGACAGCUGUAACCUGGGCAGUGAGGACAACGGUGGCUGUGAGUACCUGUGUCUCAAAGCCCCCCAGAUCACAGAGCACUCCCCCAAAUACACCUGCGCCUGCCCCACAGGACAGGACCUGGGCCCCGAAAUGCGUGCCUGCAUGCCAGCAAAUGAGACCACUACCACAUCAUCACCUGUGGCCAUCACCACGGCCGCCAACGACAAGGUCUCCCCUCGCACUUCUGGGUUGUCCCAGGCAGACGCCGGGGUGCCCCACCUCAUCCCAGCCCCCUCCAGCACCCCAGAGCCCCCCCCUGGGGUGGAGGAGAAGGAAGGCCGUGGUUUGGAUCCCACUGCUGACACCAACAUCCGGGUCACCUCCACCACAGUAGGCUUCGUCGUCAAGGAGGACAGCAACCUCUCCCACCACUCUGGAAGUGAACAUUUCCUCCUUGGUGAGAACCUGACAGUGGCAGUUCUGGGAGUAAUGAUCCCCAUAGUUCCUAUUGUUGCCACAGUGAUCUUCGGCCUGCUCUGCACCGGCGUCUACCUGGUUUGGCGGAACUAUCGCCAGAACGCCACCAAGAGCAUGAAUUUCGACAACCCUGUCUACCGCAAGACCACAGGCGAGGGCGAGGAGGACGAGAUUCACAUCGGCCGGACGGAUGGCAUCAUGGGCGGCCACCACGGGCACCACCCGUACCCGGCCGGAGUGGGGUGUGGCGUAGUCGGCGGGGGCGGAAAUACAUGCCCACAGUUCAUUGCGCUGCCACUAGGUGGCAGUAUGCCUGAUCCGGGGACUCAUUGGUACACGGAGCAGCCUAUGCUGUCUACUACGGCGAAAUGAGUAUGGAGACAAGACAAGAUGGCCGCUCAGGAGGUUAAUUUUCAAGAUGGCCGCCGCUCAGGCACACGCACACACAGUACUGAGGUUACAGGUCACUCAAGCUGACUGACUUGUUGAAUGGAUGGACAUAUGAUGUUAUGAUAUCAUCACAUCCAGCCAUUAAGUCCAUGAUGUGCCAGUUCAUUACACAAGAUCGACAGUUUUACACUUUCUACGUUUUUAAAUGUGAUGUCAGAGUUUGGGUGGGUUCCAAUUGAAUUCCUGUCAAUUUAGAAAAUUUAUAAGAAUUCAGUUCAUGAUUUCUCUACGUAUCAAUUGAAUUUAGAUACAUUUCCUCACUGGACUUGAAAAGGAGUCAACUCCAAUUCUGUAUGUUUUUCAUCCACUUUUGAUCAAUCUAAGCAGUAUUGAGUUGUGUUAUGUCUCACGUUUAAGGGCGAGAGGAGUUACAAAAUAUUAUUUUAAUCCUUGACUUUUUAAAUUUAGGCUCUCCAUUUUUAUUUCCCUGGUGGAACCUCCAUUUUCUGGAGAGACUUUUUAGGAGGAGGUUUAAACCACGGCAGCACCUUAGUAGAUGGGACAAUCUGUACGGUUUUAAGAUAUUAAUUUAACAUGUUUUAUUGCUCACCUCAUUAUUACUAAAGAUGUCAUAGUGUUUAGUUAUUCUGGUCGGGGCAUUUGUCUUGGAGUGGAGUGAAAGGUUUAAGAGAGAGUGUGUGGGCUUGUGUGUGAGUGUGAGUUUGCUUGUCUGUCCCAGCAUUUGUGUGUGGAUUUAUGUGUGUGUGUGUAAACCUGUGUGUGGAUUUACGUGUGUGUGUAAACCUGUGUGUGGAUUUACGUGUGUGUGGAAACCUGUGUGUGUACUUUCUCUCGCCAUUGGAGAGGAGUUUUGCAUCCUUGUUGAUAUCCUGUGAAGUACAGUUGAGCCGUGGCAGAAACCUCUGUGAUGUUUUCUUUAUUGAACCACAAAGGCUAUCAGAAGGCAAGCAGGGAAUAGGAGGGUCAUGGAGAGGUUUUGGUGGGAUCCAAGAAAAAACUGAAGGCUUAGCGAGAGAAUCCUUUGUAGUUAUUAAGGGUGGCCUGGAUUUAUAGGCCCAGUGAAAAUACGUCUAAUUACCAGCUAAUGGCUAAGGUUAUCUGUGUUAGGCAGGAUAAUGACAACAGAGUUGGCUGAAGCAGAAAUAGCCAGCUUUCUGGCUAGCAUGCUGAUUAUCAAGGCUAAAGCGGAAAUAACUAGCUUUCUGGCUAGCAUGCUGUUUAUCAAGGCUAAAGCAGAAAUAACUAGCUUUCUGGCUAGCAGGCUGUUUAUAAAGGCGAAAGCAGAAAUAGCUAGCUUUCUGGCUAACAGGCUGUUUAUCAAGGUUAAAGCAGAAAUAACUAGCUUUCUGGGUAGCAGGCUAAUGUGUAUCUAGGCUAAACCAGAAAUGGCUAUUGGCUACCAGGCUAAUUGUUAGCUAUUAUUCUUCUCUCCUUUUUAGCUGUUUUCCAUGGCCAUGGUUAGUAAAUGUGUCAUCUGUUUUUGGUGAUUUUAUUCUCCCAUCUGCUCUCUUUGUCAGAAAACUCAUACACACACAGUCACUCACCCUCGAUAGAUCACACACAGGCAUGCAUAUUCACUCACCCUUCACAAGCACUCCACAAUGCCCCUGUCCUCGUUCUUUGAGCAGAUGUCAUUGUGAGCUUUCAUACAGGAGGGCAAUAGUAGGAGGUCUCUCAUACAGGAGGAACUCAGUAGGAGGUCUAUCAUACAGAAGGAACUCAGUAGGGGGUCUACCUAUCAUACAGGAGGAUCUCAGUAGAAGGUCUAACAUACUGGAGGAUCUCAGUAGAAGGUCUAACAUACUGGAGGACUUCAGUAGGAGGUCUAACAUACUGGAGGACCUCAGUAGGAGGUCUACCUAUCAUACAGGAGGAUCUCAGUAGAAGAUCUAACAUACUGGAGGAACUCAGUAGAAGGUCUAACAUACUGGAGGACUUCAGUAGGAGGUCUAACAUACUGGAGGACCUCAGUAGGAGGUCUACCUAUCAUACAGGAGGAUCUCAGUAGAAGGUCUAACAUACUGGAGGAACUCGGUAGAAGGUCUAACAUACUGGAGGAUCUCAGUAGAAGGUCUAACAUACUGGAGGAACUCAGUAGAAGGUCUAACAUACUGGAGGACCUCAGUAGAAGGUCUAUCAUACAGGAGGAUCUCAGUAGAAGGUCUAACAUACUGGAGGAACUCAGUAGAAGGUCUAACAUACUGGAGGAUCUCAGUAGAAGGUCUAACAUACUGGAGGACCUCAGUAGGAGGUCUAUCAUACAGGAGGAACUCAGUAGUAGGUUGAUUGUUGACAGAAGGCUCCUGUCAGGUGAUUUGGGGGCCUAGGCUACGUGGCAGAUUUAGAUUUUGUCCCAAAUGUCACCCUAUUCCCUUAAUAGUGCACUACUUUUGACCAGGACCCAUGGGGCUCUGGUCAAAAGUAGUGCACUAUAUAGGGGAUAGGGCGACAGUUGGUAUGCACCUCUCAACAGUAAUGAGGUUCGGUCAAGUUGGAUCCUCCGGUCAGUAAACACGGCCCUCCUUUAUCCCCCUCUUUUUUGUCCCCCUCUCUUUUGUCCCCCUCUCUUUUGUCCCCCUCUCUUUUAUCCCCCUCUCUUUUAUCCCCCUCUCUUUUGUCCCCCACUCUUUUGUCCCCCUCUCUUUUAUCCCCCCCUCUUUUAUCCCCCCCUCUUUUGUCCCCCUCGAAUUUUGUCCUGCUCAA